CCCCAGUGCCGAACUCCGGCAGCUGGAAGUGUCUAAUUACCAUGUUCUCGUGCGCGCUAAGGGGGCAACUGGGAAUAUGGGAUCUCUUAAAGGCUGAGAAGGCGCGCUGUUUACCGCAGUUGUCUCUGUAGCGAACCUUCAAUCCACAAUGCUUUCCUCAGCGCUCUUCACUCUUGCAGUGGUCAAUGCUGCCAAUGCAGCAUAUUCCUUCGAUGUGUUGAACCAUUUGGCUGGUAUUGCUCCAUACUUCGAGGACCCUCAAUCUGAUCCUGCUCCACCUCAGGGCUGCAAUGUCACUCGCGCAGCCUACCUAGUUCGCCAUGCCGCCAUCUAUGCGAACGACUUCGACUACGAGGAGUACAUCGAGCCAUUCACAGACAAGUUGGGCAACAUGUCCGUGAACUGGAAGUCUGCAGGUCCUUUGUCUUUUUUGCAAAAGUGGCAGACACCCAUCUCGGAUGAGGAGCUAGAAGACCUUACCACUGUUGGCCGCCUUGAGUCGUACAAGCUGGGCACUGAAGUUCGUCUUCGCUAUCCUGGGCUCAAGAACCCCAAGAAAGUCUGGACCUCGACGGCCGAGCGGACAGAGCUCAGCUCCAAGUCCUUCAUUGAGGGCCUUGUCACACAGAGCAACGAGACUGAGCGAGUCGCCGUAUCUGAGGAUGAUUCUGAGGGUGCCAAUUCUUUGACACCUUAUAAGGGCUGCCCCAAGUACAGCUCUUCGUUUGGCAGCAAACAGUCAGGGCAGUUCCAGAAGGUCUACACAGCUCCGGUCAUCGAGCGUUUCCGCGACCUCGCCCCUAGCUUCAACUGGACUGCCAACGACAUCACAGCUAUGCAGCAGCUGUGUGGUUAUGAGACGGUCAUCCGCGGUCAGUCCCCUUUCUGCUCGCUCGAGCUGUUCAGCGCAGACGAGUGGCUCCAGUUCGAGUACAUGAACGACAUUCAGUACUUCUACAACACGGGCUACGGCAACGAGAUCUCCGGCGUCCUUGGGUACCCCUGGUUGAAUGCCACAGCACAACAGCUCCUCGCCGACAACUCCACCCAGGAUCUGUACGUCUCGUUCACCCACCGCGAGCUGCCGCCCACCGUCGCCGUCGCGCUCGGCAUCUUCAACAACACCGAGUUCGCCGGCGCCGCAAACAUCAACGCCACCAUGCCGCUCACAAAGCAGAACUACCAGCGCGAAUGGAUAUCUUCGCGCAUCCUGCCGUUCCUGACCAACAUCGCUAUUGAGAGGAUGGAGUGCGAUAGCUAUGGCUACCCUGCCGGAACUUAUGUUCGUGUCCUUGUCAACCAGGACCCGCAGCAGCUGGAGUGCGCUGUUGGACCCGGUGAUAGCUGCUCGGAGGGCUCGUUCACCGACUUUAUUCAGCAGAGGGGCGAGAUGUUUGGUGGGUAUACUGAGAAGUGUGCGCCGACGGAGUACAAUAACUCUACAGAUGUUUUGACUAUUUAUAAUUAGAUUAGCGAGCUGAUGUGAUACCCUAAUGAUAAUAUUCUUCUUCGAUGACUCUUUUGAUUUAGAUUUCAUCGGUGUGCAAUGUGAUUGAGAAGCAAGAGCGUAGAUAGGCAUCAUUCUGUCGGCCCGGAGUGAAGUUCUUGGGCCGCAAGCGGGAACGGUAGCUGGGAGUAAUGAUGAAGGGCUCGUUGCGACAGAUGACUGCAGUCCGCGACGGCUUGAUAGCUCGUUUGGCACAACGUUCGAUGUUGGAUGUACAUGAGCGCAGGAUCGUGGAGUCUUUUGAUAGACUCCGUUGUAUACGUUUGAACGCUUCUAAUAU